AUGUUCUCAUUUAAUAAAUGCUUUAUUAUCGGCUGUUGUUACCGAAAGAUGUCGCUGUCUCCGCUGGUGGUAAGUUUUGUAGCUCUGGCCACGGUAUCCUGCGUGAGCUCCAACGCCCUGGAUGAUUACGUCAACACUCCGGAUCCUCACUACAACUACAAGUUUCUGACAACUUACGCUAUUCCAGGGGUCACAGUGCACGCUCUCAAUCUGACCUCCCAGAAAUGGAAAAGUGAUCAGUUGACAACAAACCCCAUCUGGUUCCAUCAUUUGUUUAUUUCCGUGCCCACCAACGUGGUCCACCCAGACACCGCCUUUAUCAUCAUCGGCUCCGGAUAUAACUCUGACAAACUGGCAGACACGACAGACACAGAAAUCAACCGAGCAAGUCUGAUUGCCAGGAAAACGGGGUCCGUGGUGGCAGUAAUCAAACAGAUCCCCAACCAGCCAAUUGUAUUCCGGGACGACCCUAACCGUACAAACAGAUCAGAGGAUGCCAUCCUGGCAUGGACAUGGAAGAAGUUUCUCGAAAACAGUUCGGAUCCUGAAAUAAUACUACUGCUGCCUAUGACUAAAGCUGUUGUGAGAGGCAUGGACGCUGUUACAAGCUACAUUAAAGGUCUGACAGGGGACUCCAUUGACAAGUUCAUGGUGGCUGGGCGGUCAAAGCGAGGCUGGACAACCUGGCUGACCGCUGCCGUGGACAAGAGAGUCAUUGCUAUAGCACCCACUGUGAUGGACCUUCUCAAUAUGCGUCAGAACCUCCAUCACCACUACCGGUCACUCGGGGGCUGGAGUUUCGCCUUCACCGACUACUACCAGGUGGACAUCACCAAGGACCUGGACAACCCCGAGCUGGCCCGUUUCCAGGAAAUUGCUGACCCUUUUGCCUACAACGACAGAUUGAGCAUCCCAAAACUGAUCAUCACGUCGUCUGGAGACGAGUUUUUCCUGCUGGAUGACUCUCAUUACUUCUUUGACAAACUGCAGUCGCCGAAACAUAUCAGAGUCACCCCUAAUGCCAGCCACACUGCGGAGAACCACGAAUUGGAGUAUGGAAACCUGUUGGCGGACUUCUACCUCAACAUUCUAGAGGGGGCACAGAUUCCAAACGUGACCUGGGUGCUGAGUCAGACUGGAUCCGGAGGCAAGAUUUCUGCCACCACGUCCCGGGUGCCUAACAGUGUGACAGUUCUCUAUGCUCGGACAGCUGACAACAAGAGGCGAGACUUCCGGUUAACAGUCAUCGACCCGGUGCUGGGAAGCUUGAGGUCAAAUCCUGUCUUUUGGCAUAGUCUUGACGCUACCAGGAUCAGCGACCUGGAAUAUGAGGCAGACAUACACAGACCUGUCGAUGGAUGGCUAGCUUUCUUUAUACAGUUCACAUUCACCGGUGUCCUCAACUCCACACUGACCUUUACUACCGAGGUCAACAUCAUCCCUGACGUCUUCGCAGUCUCGGAAUGCUCGGGCACGUCCUGUAGAGGCAAACUGGUGUGA